CUUUACUAGCCCACCCGGAUACACAUUUUUUUAAAAACUCUCUCUUUAGUUUCGUGUGAGUGCUUUUCUUCUUGCCCAUUUUAACGUAUGGUGUUAAAAAAUAUAUAUAAGCGUCAAGGUGGUGAGGCUUUACAAAUGUUUAGUCUAAGUCCUUUUUUUUCCUGUCUUUUCGCUUGUAAAUUUAAAGAGAUUUAAAAUGAUUUUUUCAUCAAGGCUAAAGGAGAUGCUUGAGACUUUUAGGGUUUGUGAUUUAAAGAGUUUGCUAGACAAGUAUAACUUGUCCCACUCAGGAACGAAGGCUGCUUUAUUCAAUCGGUUAAUUAGCUUCCUUUGUAAGUUGCGCACAGUGGAAGAACAGACUGAGUUUAUUCAACGGGUGGAUGAUCUUUACUUUACCAGGGAGAGGAGUUUAAAAACGCGCGGGCGCGCGCGCGCAGUUGCCAGACCGAAAAGUUAUCUGGAACUUUUUUAUCCACAUGAGAAUUAUGAGGUUUCUUUUAGUCUCUCUCCCUUCCAUCGCUUUAUCCGCUCCAUUCACCAAUUCGCCUCCGAUGACCACUCUACGCUCCAUAUAGUUAAAGAGUUCUCGUUUUCGCAACUUGAUCGCCUUUUACUUUAUGCGCAAGCGCGUACCGCCCGGGCUGACUCUAGACAUCUUCCUUUCUUGAAGGUCUUGUUAUUAACUGCUCCUGUCCACAGGGAUAAUACCUGUCCUCUGCGGAUUCAGUACCCGAACUGCUUCAUCAUAGAAGUGAACGAACACGUAAUUCAGAGGACUUGCAAGAAAAAAGGUGCCAUGGAUGUCCCUUUGGACAUCUCAGGCUAUGUCCGCCUUGAUCACGUGAAUCUUUUGCGAAUCCAUUUGCUUACACGAGAACGCCUUCACGUGCAAAUUUGCCUCGCUGAGUACAGCUCCCCUUCAAAGUUGCUGCAUAAACUUUACUCCGAGAAGUUUAUCCCGGCGAACGUCCUCUUCAGCGAAUGGUCUGCUCACUUAAGCCGGGCAAACGACGAGGAAUUGCAGGUGGAGUCGAGUGGCCUUUCUCUCUUAUCUCCGUUAACGCUGUCACGCAUCACGACUCCGUGUCGCUCUUUGGGCUGUCGGCAUCUACAGUGCUUCGAUGCACUCGACUAUCUAAGUCUUAACGAGAAGUGCCCUUCGUGGAUCUGCCCUUUGUGCAACCAGCCGGCAGAUUUCGACUCUCUUGUGGUGGACGGAUACUUCCUUUCUCUCCUUGUCGGAGCUCCUCCAGACGUUAAGGAGAUGGUUAUUACUUACACGGACGGAUUGAAUUGGGAGAUUGCGUACAAAGACAAUCGAAAAAGACCUAGAGACCAUAUCGGGAAGGACCACCAGCAGUACGAAGAGGGCGACUAUUGCUUGGUUGAGGAUGACAACACGACGUGUAAAGGACUAAGAAGAAAAAAUACUCGCAGAAACGAUCCGAAAAGAAGCGGCUUCAGUGUUCAUCAUCUUUUGAGCGUUGGAAGCAGCGAUUCGGAAGAAGAAUUUUCUAACUCAGAGCCACAUAUAUUUCAGAACGGCAGUAACAAAAAUAUUUCGCGAGCUCCUAGCACUGGGCUUGGAGUAGCCUUGUUCAAUGCUGCAGUUGUUAAAGUUUUGGGCCGUCUAUGACCAAAUCAAAAUAUCUGCGGGGACUGGUCUUGUGGAAGGGAAUGAUGUAUCACUGUAAUGAAAAAGAAUAUACAAGAGCAGGUGAUGGUUCCCUGCCCUGUAAGAGGGCCUCCAGUUAUCGCAAUAGUUAACUUCUAAGAAACUGCAAGAGUUCCGUAAGCUUCGAGGCGGUUUAACAGCAGACCAAUUGUUGUUAUUGGUUUUGCUUUUGAGUAGAUUUCAGAGUGCUUGUUUAUCCCGUUUACAAAUAUCUACUGCUAUGGCAAGCCAAUGUAAUAUUGAAGCUUCUGGUAGCCCUUGUGCGUGGGACGUUGGACCAACUUUAGAAACUACUUUAUACUAGUUUUAUAGGUAUAACUUGUUUCCAUAAUACAGUUGAUUUUGCGUUUAUUAGUGGUAAUUUGGGAUUAUCAAUGCAGCUACCAACUAGCUAGUAAUUUGGCGUCAAGCUGGGCAAAGUUUGCGUGGUGGUGAUUAAAAGGUUUUGUUUAUUAUCAAGAUAGAGUUGACGAACAAGUCAAACUCGUUAUGGAUGAAUUCUACCAGAAGAUGAAUUCAAUACUCGAAUAUAGAAAGAGAUAAAGCACCCCUACUUCAAGAGAGUAGGGAUGAAUUUAUUUUGCGUCUCGAAAAGGGGAAUAUAAGUACACGAUAGACCUUGCAGAAGAGUAUCCUUCGGAUUUGAAAGCGGGUUAGGGUUAGUGUUAGAAGAUGCUCGGUAAAAUUGAGCGCAAACUGCUUAGUUUUGCUAAUAAACUUGCUUAUUUUGCGUCGUU